AGUCGAGACAGGACGCUCUCUGCCCGCAUCCGCAGCGCACCAUGAGGGAAAUCGUUCACAUCCAGGCUGGACAGUGUGGAAAUCAGAUCGGGGCGAAGUUCUGGGAGGUGAUAAGUGAUGAGCAUGGCAUUGAUCCAACCGGUAGUUACCAAGGUGACAGCGACCUGCAGCUGGAGAGGAUAAAUGUCUACUACAAUGAGGCAUCAGGGAGAACAGGCAGCAAAUUUGUCCCCCGUGCCAUUCUGGUCGACCUGGAGCCAGGAACCAUGGAUUCAGUUCGCUCCGGCCCAUUUGGACAGCUCUUCAGGCCUGACAACUUUGUUUUUGGUCAAAGUGGAGCAGGAAAUAACUGGGCCAAGGGUCACUACACCGAGGGAGCUGAGCUGGUGGACUCGGUACUGGACGUGGUGAGGAAGGAGUCCGAGAACUGCGAUUGCCUCCAGGGCUUUCAGCUCACCCACUCACUGGGUGGAGGCACAGGUUCCGGAAUGGGUACGCUGCUCAUCAGCAAGAUCCGCGAGGAGUACCCUGACCGUAUCAUGAACACCUUCAGCGUCAUGCCUUCCCCGAAGGUGUCUGACACUGUGGUGGAGCCCUACAACGCCACUCUCUCCGUCCACCAGUUGGUGGAAAACACAGACGAGACCUUCAGCAUUGACAAUGAGGCCCUGUAUGAUAUUUGCUUCCGCACCCUGAAGCUGACCACACCCACCUACGGAGACCUCAACCACCUGGUAUCAGCUACCAUGAGUGGGGUGACCACCUGCCUCCGUUUCCCUGGCCAACUCAACGCUGACCUCCGUAAGCUGGCUGUCAACAUGGUGCCCUUCCCCCGCUUGCAUUUCUUCAUGCCGGGCUUUGCGCCCCUCACAAGCAGGGGCAGCCAGCAGUACCGUGCCCUCUCUGUGCCGGAGCUCACACAGCAAAUGUUCGACGCCAAGAACAUGAUGGCGGCCUGUGACCCUCGUCACGGACGCUACCUCACUGUGGCAGCCAUCUUCCGCGGCCGCAUGUCAAUGAAGGAAGUGGAUGAGCAGAUGUUGAGUGUGCAGAACAAGAACAGCAGCUACUUUGUUGAGUGGAUCCCCAACAAUGUCAAGACCGCCGUUUGCGAUAUCCCUCCGCGUGGCCUCAAGAUGUCCGCCACCUUCAUCGGUAACAGCACGGCCAUCCAGGAGCUGUUCAGGAGGAUCUCCGAGCAGUUCACGGCCAUGUUCCGCCGCAAGGCCUUCCUCCACUGGUACACCGGAGAGGGAAUGGAUGAGAUGGAGUUCACCGAGGCCGAGAGCAACAUGAAUGACCUGGUGUCUGAGUAUCAGCAGUACCAGGAUGCCACUGCCGAUGAGAUGGGCGAAUAUGAAGAAGAUGAAAUAGAGGAUGAGGAAGAAGUCCGCCAUGAUGUUCGCCACUGAUUGUAAACCACUUACAUGACACUCUGAGUGAGCCAAUCCCUCAAAAUAUUAAUUGUUGUUGGACAAAUGACAGAUGCAGAUGUUCAACUAAAUAUUGCAGUGUGCAGAUGAAAAUAGCUGUUUAGCCAAAAAUGUAUUGCAUAUAGAUAUGGCUUCUUCUGACAAAGAUCACGAGUGGUGUUAGGACCUAAAGAUAUGCAAGUGCCAUAGCAAUCGGUUUUCCAAGUCACGC